CAAAGUCGCAGGUUCGCGAGCUAUUUUGUAACACCUCGAGCUAUUUUGUGACCUUCUAACGAAAUGAUUGCGUGUGUUACAUCGCGAGCUAUUUUGUCACUUUCUGACGAAAUGAAAGCAUAGAUCUAUAUAUACGCGACAGUGACUUUUAAAUGCAAUGUAUCGGGAUUAAAGCGAUCAGAAAACUGAACGUGUCUACAAUACAUUAACACGUCACUCAGCUCGCAUCAACACGCAAUGAUUGAGAUGCUGGCGUUCACACCGGGGUCAGCACUGACCUUAGCGCUGGUAGCCAUGGUGACGGGAUUGCUAGGAUACUGGCUAACCAAUCGGAUGAAGUACAACUAUCCCCCGACACCUGGGCUUGCCAUACCAUUAAUCGGACAUACCUAUAAGAUCAGUAUGAGCAACUUUUGCAAACAGUGCCUAGAGUGGACCCAGACGUAUGGACCUGUACUUACGCUUCAUCUGGGCCCAAUGAAGCUUGUUGUCGUGAACAAGAUCGAUAUCGCGCUAGAGGUUCUUGUGAAGAAAUCGACAGACUUUGCCAACCGUAUGGUUACCCCAACAGUCAGAGUAUUCACAGAAGGAGGUAAGGACAUCGCGUUCAGUAACUAUACGCCCACCUGGAAAUUGCACAGGAAAAUGUCGUCGAAAGCUCUCAGACAGCUGAUGCAGGGCCCCGCACUCGAACAGAGGAUUCACAAUGCUAUGGUAACCGUUUUCGCUGAGAUGGACAAAAUAGUAGGCAAGCCGUUCGAACCAGCCGAGUACAUCAACUUCGCCAUAGGCAACAUACUGAUGGGAUUAUGUUUUGGGGGCAGCUUCGACUUUGAAGACAAAGAAAUAAAUUUUAUAUUAAAAGCAGAAGACGAACUACUAGAAAAUAUUAGCAAUGUUCCUGAAGACAUUUACCCUCCGUUACAAUACUUGAUUAAGUCAAAAGCAUUCAAACGUGUUGAGGAUGCUACACAGACGGUUUUAGCGUACAUUAAAAAACGCUAUAGUGCGGAGCUGGCUACUUACAAGCCUGACGCACAACGCCACCUAGCGGACCACCUUAUUCUCGCUCGCCAGGAGGCGAAAGAGGAGGAGGAUCCGGAAGUGCUUGCGUCCCUAACCGAGACCCACAUCACACAGACACUUGCUGACAUUUUCUUCGCUGGUAUCGACACCUCCCGUUUGACUCUACGUUUUGCAGUUCUUCACAUGAUCGCAAAUCCGAAAAUCCAGCAGAAAGUGCAACAAGAAAUUGACCGGGUCGUGGGGCCAAACCGGCUGCCGUGUCUGAGUGAUAGGCCGGAUCUGGCUUAUACAGAAGCUGUUCUGCACGAGAGCAUGCGUCUGUCAACCGUAGCUCCUACAGGAGUCUUCCACAAGACCCUUAGUGAUACGUCAAUCGGCGAAUAUAUGCUGCCCAAGGGUACCCCUGUAGCGAUAAACCACUGGGCGCUGCAUCACGACCCAGAGGCAUGGGGCGACGUCGACGCUUUCAUCCCGGAGAGGUUUCUAGACGAAGACGGCAAACUGGGACCGAAACCCAAGAGCUGGCUCCCGUUCUCGGCGGGAAAGCGUGUCUGUCUCGGUGAGUUCGUGGCAAAACCAGAACUGCACCUUUUGUUUGCGUGCCUCAUGCAGCGUUACACGUGGGGCAUGGAAGAGGGCAAGAUCCCAGACCUCGCACCCAUAGCGUCGAUCUUUGUUAUGUAUCCGAAAGAGCAAGAUGUCGUCAUUAAGAGACGAUUUUGAUGUAAGGGGCUGCCGUGGCUGAAUCUGGAAAUACGAGAAUUCCAUUGACGACUGUUGUAAUAAUCUAUUCACUCGUAUUUACCGAUUCAUUGAACUAGUGGUCACUAAAAUAUUUAAUAGUUACUAGAUAAAGUUCAUUUAUUGUUGAUACUAAAUACGCCUUUUUUGAUCAGACACAAUGGCUAGAGGUCAGUUCAAUACAUUUUUAAGCACAGGUGUAAUGGAAGUAAAUGCCCGUGUACUUAUCUUGUAAGCAAUACAUUUCAUUAUUUUGGGGCUGAUGCUUAAUGCGAACAUAAUGAUACUUGUCGACCCUUGAUCGUUUCUCAAGGCAUCCCCAGCUAUUGCAUGUAUGUCAAAUUAUUUUCAAAUUUCAAUGAGGUUUUAGUUUAGAUUAGUUCUUCGGUCGGUGAUAUUUGUAUAGGAAAGCCGUCUGUGAGAUAAAUGUGUGCGAUUUUUCAAUAAGUAUAGAUAUUUGGGCAGCGUAUCUGCACUACUAUAAACAUAUACGCAGUGUUUUUGUAAUAUAUUCGAUGUACCUGGUUUAUCAGCUGAUUGUUAAAUGUUGGUGAUUUCAUAAAUCUGUAUUCAGCUUCCACUCAAAGUAUCCAUUACAUACCAGACAAGAGCAGAUCGUGUUUGUUAUAAUGAUUGGUUACAAUUAUUAAUAUUUUCUAACACGUGACAUUGCUUUAUUUACAAAUUGUAUGCAUUAAAGACGAUGUAGCUAUGUAUAAGUCUGAAUUAACUGUGUGUUCUGUUCUGUUUUUGUUAUCACUGUAUUUCGGAUAAUAUAAGAUUGUGUGUAUCAAUAUAGACCGUACGUCUUGCUAUAAAUGAUACGGCAUAUGAAACACGACCGUUUUUAUUAAUACACAUACACAUUUUAUGAUUUAUAAUGUCGUUGUUAUAAUAUAAUUGAAAUAACAAGCCGGCACUAUACAAAAAGUAUAAUAAAGCGUCCAAAAGAUAAAAUAUACUCAUUAUUGUAUUGUCUUGAUUGAAGAAUUUCACCUUCACAUGUCAGUUCUACUAGAUGUAUUUGUUCCAACAUAUUGGGAAAGUACAGAUGCAUUUCUUGCAGCAUAACAAAUGCUUAAUAGCGAGUAAAAUGCAAAUUAGUCGUGUUCUGAGAAAACUGGGCACAUGCAUGUGCGUAAAGUGUCGUCCUAGAUAAGCCUGUGCAAUCCGCACAGGCUUAUCAGGGACGACACUUCGCUUUUUAUGACAUUUUCGUUUAAAUGAAGUCUCUUCUUAGCAAAAAUCCAAUUUAGGCGGAAAGUGUCGUCCCUGAUUAGCCUGUGAGGACGUGAGGACACUUUACGCACAUGCAUUAUGCCAAGUUUUCUCAGAACGCGACUCAAAUAUUUCCGUUAUAUGUCACACUUAUUAAUGUCCUAUUCUUAAGAUAAAAUACUACUUGUAGAAUUCCCAGGCGGAUGUUAUGUAUUAACGUAUAUACAUUAUGGACCUAGAAAACGUUGCAAGUUUCAUGAAAAACAUAUUAUUUAUUUCUGUGUUGUGAUAAUUUGAGUACUUGUAUUUUAGUCUUGAGGUCAAUGUUUCUACUUCAUUAAAUUGUUAAUUCUUAAAUGUUUUAGUUGUAUAUAUAGUUGUAUUGUUAUAAAUGAAUCUUUUAGUCUUUGUGUUACAAUGUUUUCAACGUCGCGUGUGAAUGGAUGUAAUAAUAAUAAUAAUAAAAUCUUUAUUAAAAGAAGAUAGACUUGUUAAAAAAUACAUCAGAUGAAAUUACAUAAUAUGCAAUUUAUAUAAUACAUUUCUUAUUUUCAACAAGGUCUUCUAACAAUAUACAAUUUACAACAAAUACAUCAUAUUUCAUCUUGAGCAAUAAGAACAAAACAUAAGGAAUCAUAUAUGCAUGCACACUUAUGAUGAUAUAUCUUAAAAUUCAAAACAAAUGACAGACAUAAAACUACAAUAACCAUUUAAGCAAGAAAAGUAUUCAAACAUAAAACUAAUGUUAUUUACUAAAACAACAUAACGCAUGUUCAGUUUAUUUCAUAAAGUGUGAAAGAAAGAUAAGCUUUUAUUGUUUUCUUAAAUGUAAUUAAAUUGUUUGUUUGAUGUAUAGAUUUGGGUAACGAAUUCCAAAUUUUUUUGCUAGUAAAUUAAAAUGUGUAUUUAGCACAUAGCUGAAGCCAAGUUGUCUUAAGUUGAUUUCAAAGCUGGAUACCAAAGAUUAAUUUUCUUACAAUUUAAAUUUGUUAAAAUAUUAAUCUGUUUCGUUAACGCUUGGUAUAAUAAUGAAUUUGUGUUAUUGACAAUUUUCAUGUAAUAACUAAUUAUUAUCACAGUUGUCAUACAUGUCCAAAAUCUCGUUAUUACUCUAUCGAAUAAACUAGUUUGGUUUUGACAGCUCGUUUGAAAAGGCUUAAAAUAGAUGCACUGUGAUGAAAUGCUCUAAACGCUCGGUCAUUUAAUAUUUUUACAGUAUGAGACAUAUUUUUCAGUUUAAUUGAAAUUUAUACCUAGGUGCACAAAACUAUUGAACAUGGUAUAACACUCGUUAUUUAUCGAACACGAAUAGUUGUACAUGCUUUAACGUUUUUCAAACAUGCAUGAGUUCUUUUAAUUUUUAUUUUUAUUUUAAGAACCCAUUUAGAAGAGUAAAGGUUAUAUAUCGUUAAGUUUGGUUGGACGGUUUACUGGGACAGUAGUAAAUAAAACAAUAUCAUCAACAAAUAACAGCAUAAGAACUGAAAUAAAAUGCAAAUCGUCCUUUGUAAAAUGUGGAACAUUUAUAUACAAUAUAAAAUAUAAGCGUUGACAUAGAUCUCCCUGGUUUGACACUAAGAGAGACAUGGACGAAGUCGGAAUAUGCCGUAUCCUGAGUGUUUUGUUUAUACAAGAUUUGACUGUUUCAUAUAUAUAUGACAUUUCAUAAUCAUUGACAACGCAAUAUAGCUUACGCUUCCGCAAAAGAACAUUUUGUAUAAUGCUGUGUAAAAUAAAAAUACAAUCGGU